ACACACGGUGGUGAUAAGCUGACAGUCACAGCAGAACCAUCAGUCAUGAUCUCCUCUUCCUCCCUGCUCCUCCUCCUCCUGGGGGCGUCCCUGUCCUCGGCGCAGUUGAAGGUCUACAGCCUGCGCGCCACCGACCUGCCCUCAAACCUGGUGUCCACCACGGACGGCUACGUCAAGGUGUACGUCGGCUCCAAGUCCAUCGGCCAGACCACGGUGAGGAACGACGACACCGACCCGUGGUGGGGGGAGGAGUUCGCCUACCUCGACGCCAAAGAGAACGACGAGCUGAAGCUGGAGGUGUACGACAGGGACCUGAUGUUCGACGACCUGCUGGGAACGUGCAAGCGCCAGAUCAGAGUGGGCACCUACCAACACGACUGUUUCCUGUCGAAGGGCGGAACGCUGCACUACUCCUACACACUCGGUUAAACAGGCUCAAUAAA